CCCGGAAGUCAGAAACUUUGAUGCGUGUAUACAACACAACCGUGAGCUGGACACAGUCGGCCGCUCUGACAGUAUGGUCUGUGUCUUGAAGGUGCGUAUUUUAACUCUAGUGAAAAGUUUAUACAAUAAAUGUAUGUAAAAGAAUGAAACAGUAAAUGUUGCAGUUUAUGUUCGGUGAGCUGCACCAACUGAACUAGCCGGAGUUAAUCUCGUGAAUCUGUUCGGGUGUUGUUGGCUCACCGCGGUUUAUAUUAGCGCCGUGAGACAAGAUGAAGCCACCUCCUCGAACUCGAUCUAAACCAGAUCUCAGCCUAAGACCUGAACUGGGACCGCAGCGUUUGGGUAAAAAGGCCUCCAAGUGGCAGCGAGCGGAGCAGAAGAAGCUCCUGAACAGCCUAAGAAAACUGAACAGGACCGUCGGAGGCCACGGAGACAUCGACUAUGCUUUCCUGAGAAAACAGGUGCCCACUCGGUCCAUCUCAGAGAUCCACUCUGUGGUAGAAACUCUGAAGAACAAAGUGAUCUCUUGUGCGAGCUUGAAGCUGAAAAAAAAGAGGUGGGAGGAGGAGAAGGUGAGAAAGCCCAUCGAGGUGUGGACACACAUGGCCUCUGCUGUGGCUGGAAUCCAUGAAGAACCCAUUUGUAGUGCUUUCUCUCAGAUGCUGAUUGUGUCAUCCACAGAGCCUUGUACCCUGAGGAACUGUGACCCCCCCCAGAUCCACAGACCACCCACAGGCAAAGACAGGCCAGUUGGUCGCACCAUCCCUUUAAGGCCAAUGCCUCGUUUACCAAUCCAAGGUGAGAACCCUGGCACCAGCACAGCCCGUCCUCUCCUGGUUCUCAAGACUCCAGCACCAACCAGAGGCAAAACUAAAAGUCUCCCAGCACUAUCCAAAGUGGUUAGAGUCCCAAACAGCAGAAUCCAUCCACCCCAGCCACAGUCUUCAGCCGCAGCUAAAAAGGGUGGGACUUCAUCUGCAGCUGCCACCUGCUCCUGUCACACUGCCACCACCUCCCACCGGCCAGGUACAGCAGAGAUUCUCAUAGUGCCCCCUCCAACCCCACCGCCUGCCUCACAGGCCACACCCAGUUGUAGCUGUACAGCAAAGACUCUGAGUGUUGGUAGCUCUGUAAUCCAGACUACCCAGCAGGUACCAGAACAACGCUCCACCUCCACCACGUCAUCUGGUCUUCACACACCUCUCCCUUCCUCCGCUAGCAGUCUCUCCCCACUCCCCAGCACUGCUCCAUCCUCUGUCGCCUCUUCCAGUUUACCCACAUCCAACUGCUCCUCCACCCAGCCUGUACCCCCACUCUCCACCUCUGCUGCAGCAGCUCAUGUCAGGUUUGGUCGCACCAGCAAAUAUGCCACAGAAGACAGUCCCAGGACCCUUGGUGUCAAGAGCGUAGUGGACUUUGAGAGGAUCUACCGCUACCUGAGUGUCAUCCACAAGCCGAGUGAGGAGUGUUGUCUCACCCCCAUGGAGAGUGCUAUCUUGUUGAACCUGCUGAUGUCCCUCCCAGAGGAGCUGUCCCUGCUGGACUGCAACAAACUGCACAAACAUCUGAUACAGGUGUACCAAUGUCUGUCGUCCCCUGCUAACUCCAAGAUGGCAAGAGAAAUGUUUAAAGAUCCAAAUGAUGGAGUCUGUGCUCAGACAGAGGCACCAAGCAGUUGCGACAACAACAAAACAGACAGUCAGCAGAACACUACUUCUACUGUUAACAGCAGUGAUGUCAUGGACGCUGAUGGGAAACUGCAGUCAGAUGAAGCUCAGAGCCAAUCAUCAGGGAGCAAUAACACAUGUACACGACCAGGGAACACAGACGCGAUGGGACUCUGCCCUCCCCUCAACCCUUUUAUCGUACCGCCCAAACUGUUGAUUCGCAGAUAGGUUUUUCCCUUGUUUUCAUUCAGGUAUUUUAAAUAAAAAAAAUAAUUCACAUUUCUGAGAUUUCAUGUAAAGCUGGUAGUAUUUAGACAACAUUUAAUAUUUGAGAGUUUUAGCUUCUUUUCUUCAAUAAAAUAACAUAGAUGAUUAUAAAAAAAACCCAACAGUUGACUUCAUGAUGGAUUUUUUUUUAAAGAUCAAAAUCAGUGUAGCAGAACCACAUAUAUAUAUUUUUAUUCCACACUCUCUCUUUUCUUGUCAAAACUGGGCUCCUAUAUUACCCAGAAUGCACCUGACCACCAAGAGCUGGGUCUGAGAUUUGGGUGUGUUAUGCUAGUAGCGACUCAUGUACAGUACCAGUCAAAAGUUUGGACACACCUUCUCACUUUCACUCUUUUUAUUACUUUCUGCAGUGUAAUUAAUACUGAAGGCAUCAAAACUAUGAAGGAACACAUAUAGAAUUAUGUAAUAGACAAAAAAGUGUUAAACAAACCAGAAAAUGUUUUAUAUUUUAGAUUCUUCAAAGUAACUUUUUGCAUUAUCUGACAAAAAUGUGUGUGUGAUUGCUGUAAGCUGCUGCUAGACGCUGCCACGGCAAUAGACAUGUAAAAAAGGAAGCCAUUUAAUCAUUGGCUUCUCUGCACGAAAAUGCAUUUCCUGGAGAUAACACAUAGACAAGAGGCACCAGGGAUCGAACCACAGACCUUCUGAUUGAUAAUUGACCCACACUACCUCCAGAGUCACAACUGGUUCACAGUGUAUACAAUGUGGGAAAGGAGUAUUCCUCUGCCAUGUGCAAAAGGAAUGUGUGCUGUGUGUCAUUAUCAACAUAACUUUAUCUGUUAACAGGAAGAUUUAGGCUAGAAGAAACACAAGCCGACGAGGAUGAAUCAGACAUACCUGAGUGUAAAGUGGACAGAAGGAAUACAUUACAGAUGAGGCAGACCUUUCAGCAGAGAGAGAGAGAGGGGCCAUCGUCUUCUCUGCAGCUUCAGCUCAAAUGUGCCCACAUACUGAAAUACUUAUUUUUGUAGCUAACAGGCUCAGAUUGUUAUUAUAAGUGUCUGACAACAUUAUGGAUAUGCUUCUUACAGAGAUAUAUCCCUUGUUGAACCAACAUUGGUUGUAUUUCGUGACCAGACUCCAAAGCAAAAAGCUGAUAUUUUAAUGAGCAGAAGAUGAGAGCUGGCUGCCUUGAUCUGGUAGUGUGUUUGUGUUAUUGUGUGAUACCUUGACUUGUGUAAAGGAUCUGAUUGCUUCCUCCACCACAGAUUGAAGCAGUGGUCUUCCCGCAGCUGCCCUAUUCUACAACUUAAAAUUGUUAUGUUUUUUUAGUAGUGUUCAGUAGUGGCUUUUUUGCAGCGAUUUGACUGUGAUGGUGUUGAGAUGUGUCUGCUACUCUGUGAAGCAUUUAUGUGGACUCUAAUCUGAGGUGCUGUUAAUUUGUGGUUUCUGAGGCUGCUAACUCUAAUGACUUUAUCCUCUGCAGCAGAGGUAACUCUUGGUCUUCCUUCCCUGGAGCGGUCCUCAUGAGAGUGAGUUUCAUCGCAGCAUUUGAGGGUGUAUUCAACAUUCUUGAAGUUUUCCACACAGACUGACCUUCAUGUCUGUAAUGAUGGACUGUUAUUUCACUUAGUUGAGUGGUUCCUGCCAUAAUAUAAAUUAGAACAAUAGCUGAAUAGGGCUAAUCACUGUAUAGAACUGUGUACCAACUGUGCACAACACAACUGAUGAUCUCAAACACAUUAAGAAGGCAAGAAAUUCCACAAAUUAAUUCUUGAAGCCUGUUAAGAUCACUCCUAGACUGACUGUUAAAUAUCCUAGCCAUUCUGUCUUCCCUAUCUCCAAACAUGAUUUGAGGUGCAGGAAGUUUUAGGCUAGAAGAAACACAAGCCGACAAGAAAUGGAUUGAAUGGAUUGUUAUCUGCCUUCCCCCCAACCUUUGUUUUUUAAUAAAUUUUCAGAAUACUUGA